AUGAGCAAAUUGAUGCGGUCUUCCUGUUCUUGCAUUGCACGUUGCGGUAUUUUUCUUUCUCGCACACAUGACUGGCUUAGGGAGUGGGUGCAUAGUUCCAGAGGUGCCACUGCAAGUUCCAGAGGUGCCACUGCAAGUUCCAGAGGUGCCACUGCAAGUUCCAGAGGUGCCACUGCAAGUUCCAGAGGUGCCACUGCAAGUUCCAGAGGUGCCACUGCAAGUUCCAGAGGUGCCACUGCAAGUUCCAGAGGUGCCACUGCAAGUUCCAGAGGUGCCACUCCAAGUUCCAGAGGUGCCACUCCAAGUUCCAGAGGUGCCACUGCAAGUUCCAGAGGUGCCACUGCAAGUUCCAGAGGUGCCACUGCAAGUUCCAGAGGUGCCACUGCAAGUUCCAGAGGUGCCACUGCAAGUUCCAGAGGUGCCACUGCAAGUUCCAGAGGUGCCACUGCAAGUUCCAGAGGUGCCACUGCAGUUCCAGAGGUGCCGCUGCAAGUUCCAGAGGUGCCGCUGCAAGUUCCAGAGGUGCCGCUGCAAGUUCCAGAGGUGCCGCUGCAAGUUCCAGAGGUGCCACUGCAAGUUCCAGAGGUGCCGCUGCAAGUUCCAGAGGUGCCGCUGCAAGUUCCAGAGGUGCCGCUGCAAGUUCCAGAGGUGCCGCUGCAAGUUCCAGAGGUGCCACUGCAAGUUCCAGAGGUGCCGCUGCAAGUUCCAGAGGUGCCGCUGCAAGUUCCAGAGGUGCCGCUGCAAGUUCCAGAGGUGCCGCUGCAAGUUCCAGAGGUGCCGCUGCAAGUUCCAGAGAUGCCGCUGCAAGUUCCAGAGGUGCCGCUGCAAGUUCCAGAGGUGCCGCUGCAAGUUCCAGAGGUGCCGCUGCAAGUUCCAGAGGUGCCGCUGCAAGUUCCAGAGGUGCCGCUGCAAGUUCCAGAGGUGCCGCUGCAAGUUCCAGAGGUGCCGUUGCAAGUUCCAGAGGUGCCGCUGCAAGUUCCAGAGGUGCCGCUGCAAGUUCCAGAGGUGCCGCUGCAAGUUCCAGAGGUGCCGCUGCAAGUUCCAGAGGUGCCACUGCAAGUUCCAGAGGUGCCACUGCAAGUUCCAGAGGUGCCACUGCAAGUUCCAGAGGUGCCACUGCAAGUUCCAGAGGUGCCACUGCAAGUUCCAGAGGUGCCACUGCAAGUUCCAGAGGUGCCACUGCAAGUUCCAGAGGUGCCACUGCAAGUUCCAGAGGUGCCACUGCAAGUUCCAGAGGUGCCACUGCAAGUUCCAGAGGUGCCACUGCAAGUUCCAGAGGUGCCACUGCAAGUUCCAGAGGUGCCACUGCAAGUUCCAGAGGUGCCACUGCAAGUUCCAGAGGUGCCACUGCAAGUUCCAGAGGUGCCACUCCAAGUUCCAUAG